AUGCUCCGAAUAAUUAAAAGAAAGACAAUAGUUCUGUUUAUUUGGUACAUGUUGAUAUACGCAAUACAACUAAAUGGGUUUAAACCCAUUGUUUUUGCUUCCAAUUGGGAUGGCGUGCAUAUGUUGAAUAAUAGCACAAGUAAUAAUUAUUUCUUACAGCAAAGUUAUUCUAGCAACCAACCCGAAAAUGUGUCUGUGAAUAAUUUAAAAGAACCAUCUUAUGAUGAACAACCAAUAUAUGGGGAACAAGAAUAUAAUUCAUAUAAUAUUCUAGCUGCUUUUUUAAAUACCAGUAGUAAUGAGUUAGCAGAAGACUUAUAUAAAAUACCAGUUUCAAAUCUAUUUGAUCCAAAUUAUACAAAUAAUUCCUAUAACAGCAGCUACUCUUUGUUAAAUGGUGAAUAUUCAAAUAGUUCAUAUAUUGGUCAAGAUAGUUCUUUCAAUAAUACACUCUUCAGAAAUAACUGGGUUGAACCAGAAAUAUCACAUACAUUUGGCUCACCUUCUACAAGUAUAAAAUAUAACCCAGAGAAAGAAUAUACACUACUUGAAUUAAAUAGUACUAAUCUUGCUUGUAAUAAUAUACAACUACAAAAUAUAUCUACAAAUCCAAUGCCAUAUUCUCCUCCUGCCUGCAGUGAAAACAGAAAAUUGUCUAGAAUCACCAAGAGUCUAGAAAGCACUCAAACAACAAGUACAUCUAUAGAUGGAAAACAAAAAAAUCAAAACUCUGAAAGUGCUAUAUCAUACAUUUCUAUAAAUAUAAAUUACAACACUGUUAAUAAAUUAAAGAAAAUCUCCUUUAUAACGUCAUCUAUUCGAAAUUCAGACGAGUAUAAAAGUAUUGUAACAGCUCUGCAUGAUUAUAUACUAGAAUUUAUAAAAAAUGAACAAGACCAAGACAAUUAUCCCAUGCCACUAUCCCUCGAUUCUAUGAUGUAUACAGAAGAUGAAUAUUCAAAAUCAAUAAAAGAGAUAAGAGAUAAUGCUAAUAAAUACAAAAAUGUAUGGGUUGCACUGUACUUAGCUAAAAAAGAAAAUAUACACAAAAGAUUGAAUCUUAUUGGCUAUCUAUCUAAGCAACAAAAGAUAGAAAAUGAUAUAUUCCAAAGUUGUGAUUUGUCCUAUUAUCCUAAUAUUUUGUCAGAUUUAAAUGCGAAAUGUAAAUCUUCUUAUAGAGUCCCUAUAAAAAACUCAUCAAAAACCAAUUUAAAAGUGGAAUCUGAUCUUAAUCAAAUCACGCUUGGUAUCAUCUAUACUAAAAGGCGUAUAAAUCUUCUAUGGCACGCAGAAAGCAUGUUAAUAGCUUAUAAUAAUCAGGUUAUGUUGAGCUCGUCUAUCAAUAUAGUAGAAAAUCUAAAAAACCGGCAUUUAAAAAAACAGCUCCUAUUGAUUCUAUGCCUCCCAGAAAUAUAUGAAGAUCUUUUCUAUAUGAAGUACGAAGAAAUCCAUCUAUUAAAACAAAAAAUCAUGAAAAGUAACGCCAGCUUAGAAUCUAAAAACAAAUGCGCUCAAUUUUGUAUUAUAGAAUACUUAUAUGGAAAAGUUCACAAUAACCACAGCUUAAUGGAAAAUGCAUAUAGCAAUAUACUAAAGAUUAAGAAAAGACUUUUUAGACAUAACAGUGAUGAUAUUGAUGUGUAUAAAUGUGUAUAUAAAACAUUUGCAUAUUUUUACAAGCACUCUUAUUAUUUGUAUGAAACCAAUAUUAAUGGCAGUAUAAGUAAUUCUUCUUUUUUAGAACCAAAUAAUUGUUAUCUAUACAUGAAACAAUACACAAAAAUAGAUCCCAGUAACACCAAGCUAUACCAAGGAAAAGAUGUUAUUUCAAUCCCAGAUAAAAGAAAAUGCAGUAUGGUAUUUAAAUAUACCAAUACAAAAGAGAAUAGUAGAAAAUUAGACAAAAUAAUAAAAAAAAGUAUAGUCUAUACUCACGCUAAGUCAGAAAUCAUUUCUAUACCAUAUUCGCCGCACUACCAUGUUCAGCUUGUAGAUAACAGCACGCAUCAGAUGCACAUUGUGCACAUUCCCUUUUUUGUUUCUACUGAGGAUGGCAGCGAAGUGUAUCAUUAUAUACAUACAAUUGAGAAUAUUGUAAAUCAUGCAAGUAAACUGUUGUGUAACAAAACUAUGUAUAAUCAGAGAUACAAUAACACUAUAUAUCCAUUCAAGUAUAACAGAAAUGACAAAACCUGGUCAUUAAUCACAAAGCUUAAUAAUGAUCAGAUUAAAAAAAGAAAAUUGGAAAAUAGUAAUAGUAUACAUGACAUGGACAAAACCAUAGAAGAAAUGCAUAAUGAUGGAUUUGAUAUUGUGUUGUACUAUAUUGAAGAAGGGUUAGACGAAAUCGAAUUUUUAUUUGCACAGCUUAAUCCAAUUAGCAUAGAGACAAUUAAUACAGCAUACAAAGAAAACAAAGCAGAGGCAAAGAAGUUGUUUGAUAGGUAUGAACCAAAUAUUGGUGUGCCACGAAUCCCGCUCUUUCUACCUAGACUAAUGACAUCUGUUGUGCAUUUUGGUCCAUAUGUUCUAAAGCCAGAAAAAUAUAAAUUUGAGUCCAUUAAGAACUAUCAAGACUUGGUUCCUAUUAAAUUUUCUAGCUCGAUAGACCGUAUGGUUAAGAAAAAAGAUCGAAAACAGACAAUUAUAGAAAUACUUAACAAAUUUAGACGUGAAAUAUAUUAUUACAGCGAUUUCUACAUACUAGGUAUAAAUAGUUUUUAUGAAGACUGUGAUUGCUACAACAUGAAUAUUAAGCAAAAAGAAUUUGAAGAUAAUGAAAUAGAACUCUCUUGGUACAUUAAAAUACAAUUUAAUACAGAAGAGUAUAUUAACUAUAACUUAGAUCUAAGAAUACCAUAUUAUAGCAUUAGCACCAUAGAAACCAAUAUGAAGCUUGCUAUUUUAUCUUUAUUACUAAAAAUGCUUCAAAGAAAGCACGUAUCACAGGAUAUUCUUCGAUAUGGAUUGUGUAUAUAUACAAAAAAAAGCACAGGAGAGAGCUUUACAAUUUCUCUUUUAUGUCCAGAAAUGAGAGCUUUUAUGAAUGAAUUGUUUAGCAAAGACAAUGAAAUGUAUUACAUACUUAGUCCUCCAUUAAAAGAAAACAUCGAAAGUUUAAAGAAUAGUUUGCCCAUAGAUCUAUCGGAUAUUUUAAAUAUAUAUAUAAGUAUAAAGAAUGUCAACUAUACAAAGUCCAAACUUGGCUUGCACUACAACAUCAUGAAUGCUCUCUUUUAA